UCAAUGUUUAUAUGUGUACUUAUUGCUGGAAACCACUCCAAACACUGUUUAAGACAAUUUCGCAAAUUGUGAAUAUUAUCUCUCCGUGAUUAGUCGUAGGAAGAAUGGACGAGGCGAAAUGAGUUGGUUCGACACUACUGGCAUCGCCAGUUUGGCGAAAAAUGCAUUGAAAGAGGCCCAAAGAACGAUCGACAAAGCGCUGGAUAUCAAAGAUGAUGAAGUUCCCUCAAAACCCACUACGUCGACAGAAGAUGAAACUGAUGGCUUUUUCUCGAGUUGGGGCAUCAAAAGUCCAACCAGUGGGACUACUGCCGUGCAUUCCACCAAGAGUACAGUGGACUCCGCCGUCCAGGAAGAGCCGACUCCUUCAUCUGCCAACACCGGUAAUAUUUGGGGAUCAUUUACAGGCUCAUUUUUUGAAGCAGAGUCGUCAAAGACAACAACGGCGGAAGAUGCCUCAGAGCCGGUUUCUAUACAACCCAAGAAAGUUUCGGGUGCUGUAGAAAAACCAAAAGAUUCGAUUAAGCCUCCAGCCACUCUGAGUGUGACUCGGCAAGCGAUUCAGGGAAGAAGAGUGGCUGCCAACACCAACAGGCUUUCUGUGAUAUCUUCAAGUACUGGAAGUCCAGACGAUGGAUGUGGCAGCGAAAGUGUUGGGGUUUUGGGCUCCACCAGCGAGAGCAGUCUCUCGCCUGAAACCGCAGAAGCAUGCCAACACGUUGAGCAAAGUUCUCCAGAGUCUGUUGGUGUGAUUGCUGGAGGAAGCAGUAGCGACAUCAGCGAGCUCACUUCUCCCAGUUCCGUAGAGGUCAUUGGAUGGAGUGAAGCGGAAUCCCCUUGCUCGCCAAUAGCAGCGCCAAUACGACCGAUUGGUUUGUUUCCACUCCAGCCGCGUCCGCAGUCCUCCCUGCAGAGCCCAGUGAGCGACAUCUUAACCCCCGAAAGUGUAGAGUUCAUUCCUGAGUUCAAGAAUUCAGAGCUUGUGAUAAAUGAGGAAGAGUCAGAGGCGAGCUUGGCUGACGACAGCUCCACCUCAGCCUCAAGCACAACGACCACGACUGUGAUGGAACCUAGAGUGCCUGAUCUCACGGCCAGCGUUCACAUGAGAACGAUGCUUGCAGAAGCGAUGGAAGAACAGGCCAGUUCUAACUCAUCUGAGAAAAGUUCGCAAACUGCAGGAAGAGAUCAGCACUCUCCAGUGUCGUCUCUGACGUCUGAGCCCAUAAAAAUUGAGUGUGGCCAGCUGAGUGGACAAACGUCGGGCGAUGAGCUUGAGACAACAACUUCAUCCGACAUUGAGAUUAUAUCAAGUCCCAAUGGGGACGGCAGUAGCACACAUUCCAGACAGAGUCCUACCAAGCUUCAUCCUUUAGUUACUGCUGUUAGGGGCGAACUGCCCAGCAGCGGAUCGCCUGACUCCACCAACUCGGACCGUACUUCCCACAGAUACCCAGGAAUCGACCCUAAAGCGCCAAGUGAGGAGAUGCUGAAGAGAAUAAACGAACUGCAAACCAUUCUAGACGCGCGGGAAACUAAGCUUUUCGAGCUGGGUAAAAUAAAUGUAGAGCUGCAAGAGAACAACGUAGAAUUGCACAGACAACUGGAGAUGGGCUUACAAAAUCAAGCUGCAAACACGCAAGACGUUGGUCAAAUAACAGAGGAGUUUACGCAGCGCCUGUCCGCGCUGGAGCGGCGUUUCCAGCAGGCUAUAAGAGAUAAAGAGGCGGUGAAAAAGCAGUUAGACAGCGUGAAGCAGGAAGCCUCGUCAAAAGUGGCCGCGUCAGAGCUUCAGGCGAUUGUUAGCGAGAAGGACGAGGAGAUUAAGGAGCUGAGAGAGGAGGGUGAAAAGCUUUCCAAGCAGCAGCUGCAGUUGUCCACCUUGGUCAAGAAGCUGAGGGCCAAGGAAAAGGAUCUGGAGGCUGCUGCUAAAACUAACAAGCAACAUUUGUCUGAUCUUAAUCAAGAGGCGGAAAGAUUGAAAAAAUCCCUUUCCGCGAAAGAGGAGGUUGAACGAAGCCAAAUCGAAGCUGUCAAUCGGCUCACAGCUCAAGUGAAACGGCAGGACCGGGAGCUGAGCGCACUGCAGAUCCAGUUGAACGAUUCCAAAGAGGAAAAAGAUAGGCUGCAAACUACACUGGAAUCGACUAAUAAAGAAAUGACUGAGUUACGUUCAUCACAGCUGAGCUCGGAGCUUGCCCAGCGGCAGAUCUUAUCUCACCAGCUGGAGGAAAAGCAGCGAGAGAUCAACAAGCUGCAGAUCACGCACCAAAGAGAGCUUGAAGAACUGCGCAGGGAAUUCAUCGCAAACUCGGCAUCAGGCUCGCAAAGGGAAGAACAGCUAAGGAAAGAAUACACCGGACUCUUGAAAAAGUUGCAGUUGGCCGAAACUAGGGCGGAGGAAUUGGCGCAGUGCACGUCCGACUCGACAAAGCCUCUUUUGAGACAGCUGGAAGCACUGCAGUCCAGUGCAUCCUCUCAACAGCAACUGGCUGAAAGAACAGAGCGCCAGCUGUGCGACAAAAUUGCAGAGUUGCAGGCUAAGUUAGCAGCUGUCACGGAGCAGGAACGAGUGAGUCGGGAGCUCAAGACUGGACUUUCCGCUCAAAUCGGUGCUUUGCAAGCUGAAAUUACUACUUUGAGCGCCACUAAUAGAGAGCUGCAGAGUCAAAAUAAGGUUCUGCUGAAGGAGAAUGAAAGAUUGUCUGAUUGCCUGUCAAAUUUGGAGAGGACCACUGCAGAAGACGUUCGAAGUCUUAGGGCUGAAGUUUCAUCCUUGAAAGACCAGUUAUCAAUUCAGCAGGCUGCAACAGAAGCUGAGAAACGGCAUACGACGGCCCUAGAAUUCAAGUUGAAACAAGCUGAAAUAGCUCGAACUCAACUUAUGGAACAGACUCCUCUUACUGUGACGAUAGGUUCGCAAGCAAUGACUUCCAGCACUCCUCCACGGUCGUCGCCGGCACCUUCUCUGACUGAAAGCGUGAUGAGUGCGAGCUGGAUGCAGGACGACAUCCUCAACGGCGUUCCAUCAGUUAGCCUCAUGAGUGACCACGCAGGCCCUUCGUCUGCCCUGCUUGAAAACCUCCAAUCGCAGCUGAAGUGGAGGGAAGGAGAAAUAGCGCAGAUGCGUUUGCGGACCCGUCGACUGGAGGCGGAGAGGACCGAUCUCUCCAAGCAGGUGGCCGACCUGACCGCCAAGGCAGAGACGCAAUCCUCCGAGCUGGAGAGAUUUGUCGAGUUGGAAAGGAAGUACGACGCCCUGUUGCAGAUGUAUGGCGAGCAAAUAGAGGUCAACCAGGAGCUGCGAAUGGACUUGAUUGAUGUGAAAGACAUGUUCAAAAUUCAGAUCGAAGCGCUGGUCAGCAACCAGGCAAACACUCCUUCCUGAGAUUGAGCUAGUCGAUUGAUGCUAAUAAGGAGUGCUUGACUGAUUUGGCUUGUGAUGAAGUUAUCUUGAGACAGUUUUACGUAUUGUGUACUUUAAUUCAAUUGGCCAGAACUAUUAAGUUUUUAAGAGAUAUUUGACAUUCAAACUGUUAUGUUGUAUUUGUGUUCCAGAUGAUGUUUGCUCCUACUUGUUUUUAAAAAUAAAAUGCACAAUAAUUUAACUCAAAGAGAA